AUAGUAAAACGUUACACGUAUAUAUCACUAGUGGUUAAUUGUGUAUAAUCACAAUCGAGAUUUGUAUUGGAGUGCAUUUUCAUCAUGUCAUCUCACGUAUACUACAAGAAGUUGGAUAACUUACAACACCAAAUAUACACGUCACUAGAUUCAUUGACAACCACCACCCAAGACUUCGAUUCAACAGUCAACAAACAUUUGCACCAACAACUACUCAAAUACAAAGACUACCUCCGCAUAUGCAAACACAAACUCGCCACAAGUGAAGAUUUCCACACGUUUGAACUCUACCAAUUGCGAUACCUGUCCUUUAAGAAGAAGCUCCGUGAGAUCCUCAUGGACAACCACAGCCGAGAGGCCCAACUUUCACAUGAAUUCAGAAUCAAGCAGUUUGGAUUAGACAAACCUGUUCAAUCUGAAAAAUCAAACACCAGCUCCGGAUUAAGCGACCGAGAUCAGCUCUUUGGCGAUGCGAAAUCAAGAGAGACAAACAAGGCCAUCUCUGAACUCUCCAUGAAUCACCAGAUCGCUCACCACAACAAGCAAAUCACCCAAUCACUCCAAACAUCGCGACAAUUACUCUCGGCCACGAUUCUCCAAAGUGAAUUAAACUUGAACUCACUCGAUCAACAAACUAAGGACUUGCACAAGUUGAACGAGGGGUUUGUCCAGUUUUCCUCAUUGCUCAACCGGUCUCAACAGAUUGUCAAGUUUAUCGAGAAGCAGGAUAAGGCCGAUAAGCAGAGGAUAUACAUGUCUGGGGCGUUCUUUUUGUCGUGUUGUUGUUGGGUAAUUUAUCGAAGAGUGUUGCGUACGCCUAUUCGAUUAAUGUUGUGGUCGUUUUUCAAGAUUAUUGGGAUUUACGGGUGGUUGACUGGUGGUAAAGAUACAUCGGUUGUGUUGUCUAGUGGUAUCAUGGAGACUGUAGCCACAGCAUUGGAGUCUAGUUUAGAAGAGACUGUCUCGGAGCAAGCAAUCACCUCAUUAGCUUCAUCCGCAAUUAUCGCAACUACUAUCCUAUCAAGCUUGCUUGAUUCGGAAGUUUACACUGAUUCAUCUACAUAUAUAGAACCCGAACACGAUGAAUUAUAAAUAUAUAUAUAUAUACUAUCUAUGGAAUUUCUACGUUAACACUAGUACCGUUCUUCUUGGAAGAUUCCAAAGCAGCAGCAACGAUAGCUAAAUGGUGGAAUGCCUUUCUUGGAGUGACCUUGACCAACUUCUUAUCGUUGGCCUUGACGACAUCUCUGAAGUUCUUGAAUUCUGCUUCAAUAGUGUUAAUUUCGUCAAUUUCAAUUGAAGACUUGGCAGAAGCAGUGGAUGAAGUAGAACCAGUUUGAUAAGUGACGGUUGGCUUGGACAAGCUUGGAGACCAGUCGUAAACAGCUGAUCCUUCAGUACCGAAAAUUGUGAAACUGGUGGAUUUGUCAGUGGCCCCAAAAGCAGAACCAUAAGUAAAAGUACCAAUAACCCCGCUCUUUAAUUUGAAGGUAGAGAAUAAGAUAUCAUCAGCACCACUUUGUUCUCUCAAUUGCUUAGUUAAUCCACUAACACUUUCAACUUCACCCAAGACUUCGGUUAAAAGAGCCAAUUGAUGGACACCACCAUCACUCAAGAACCCACCAAUGUGUUCUGGCUUUUGUCUCCAUCCAGUGGCCAAGUACUUGGAAGUAUCGUGGAAUGGACCAGUGGCGUUGUAAGUGAAGGCAACGACUUCACCAAUCUUAGGCAAGACUUGGUUCUUCAAGAUGUCAAUGGCAGACAAGUAAGUCCAGUUUUCCAAGAUCAUGAUUGGGACUUCGGUCUUUUCACUCAAUUGGACGAUUUCCUUGGCUUGUGUCAAGUUAGCAGCAAUUGGCUUUUCAAAAGCUAAUGGUUUGUUGUGUUCGAUGGCCAAUUUGACGGCAUCCAAGUUGAAUUGGACUGGUAAUAAUGCAUCAACAAAAUCAAUGGUCUUGUCUUGGAAAGCUUCUUCUAAAGUGUCGUAAACUUUAUCUUGUGGGAUUCCUGCCUUUGUAGCGAAUUGUUCGGCCUUGGAUUUGGUACGGUUGUAAGCAGCAGCUGGAUUAAGUUCAGGGAUCUUUUGGAUAGUAGGUAAGUGGGUAUCGGUGGCGAAGAUACCGGUACCGACAACGGCAAAGUUAAUUUUAUCAGACAUGGUGUAUUAGGAUGUGUUUAUAGUGCUUAGAAAAAUAUGGAAUGAAUUUUCAGAUAAAAUUUCACCUAUUUAUAAUCGUGGCCACACAC